AUUUAGUUGCAGAACCGAACACGUCAGCUACGCGGAUUAGGAUUGAUUGACAAACAUUUUGUUUUGAUCAUUCCAAAUCAGUUGAUUUAUUGCCCUUGGUUACACGUUACUACAGGGAAUUUCAAUUUAUUAAUUGGCUGUCUCAAUUACUGCUGCAUUAAAAUGGUACUCAUUGCUGCGGCAGUCUGCACAAAGAAUGGCAAGGUCAUAUUGUCACGUCAGUUCGUGGAGAUGACGAAGGCGCGCAUCGAGGGGCUGCUAGCGGCGUUCCCCAAACUGAUGACCGCCGGGAAGCAGCACACGUAUGUGGAAACAGAUUCGGUGCGCUACGUCUAUCAGCCGAUGGAGAAGCUCUACAUGCUGCUGAUCACCACAAAGGCCAGCAACAUACUGGAGGAUUUGGAAACACUUCGUCUCUUCUCCAAAGUGAUACCAGAGUACAGCCACUCGCUGGACGAGAAGGAGAUUGUGGAGAAUGCUUUUAAUUUGAUAUUCGCCUUUGAUGAGAUUGUCGCACUUGGCUACAGGGAGAGCGUUAAUCUGGCACAGAUCAAGACCUUUGUGGAGAUGGACUCGCAUGAGGAGAAGGUCUACCAGGCGGUGCGUCAGACACAGGAGCGUGAGGCGCGUCAAAAGAUGCGUGAGAAGGCCAAGGAGCUGCAGCGUCAGCGCAUGGAGGCCACCAAACGUGGUGGUCCAUCAAUGGGCGGCAUGGGCGGUCGCAGCGGCGGCUUCAGUUCCGAUAGCUUUGGCAGCAGCGGCGUCAGCAGUGGAUCAGGCGGCGGCGGCGGUGGCGGUGCACCAUCAAUUGAGAUGGACAACAAACCGGUGGCCAGCAAGGCGGCACAAAAGCCCGCAUCGCGUAAUGCUCUGAAGUUGGGUGGCAAGUCCAAGGAUGUGGACAGCUUUGUGGAUCAGCUGAAAAGCGAGGGAGAGAAGAUUGCCAACCUGGCACCAGCUGUUGCUGCUGGCAGUGCCGGAGCAGCGGCUAGCGCCAGUGCAGCUGCCAAGGCUAAAAUCUCAGCGGAUAUUCAUACAGAAAGUGUACAUCUCAAAAUGGAGGAUAAGCUGGUGGUGCGUCUGGGACGCGAUGGUGGCGUCCAACAAUUUGAACUGUCCGGUUUGCUAACGUUGCGCAUUACGGAUGAGAAUCUGGGACGCAUCAAGGUCAAGUUGGCCAAUAACGAUACGCAGGGCAUACAGAUGCAAACGCAUCCCAAUGUCGACAAGGAGCUGUUUAAGUCACGCGCCAUGAUUGGACUCAAGAAUCCGGCCAAGCCGUUCCCCUUGAAUACCGAUGUCGGUGUGCUCAAGUGGCGUUUCAUCACACAGGACGAAUCGGCCAUACCAUUGACCAUUAACUGCUGGCCAUCCGAUAACGGAGAAGGCGGUUGCGAUGUGAACAUUGAAUACGAACUGGAGGCACAACAUCUGGAACUACAGGAUGUGGCCAUUAUUAUACCAUUGCCAUUGAAUGUUCAACCGUCGGUCGCCGAAUACGAUGGCACCUACAACUAUGAUGCACGCAAGCAUGUGCUGCAGUGGCACAUUCCCAUCAUUGAUGCCGCCAACAAGUCCGGGUCAAUGGAGUUCAGCUGCAGUGCCUCCAUACCGGGUGACUUCUUCCCCUUGCAGGUGUCGUUCGUCUCCAAGACGCCCUAUGCGGCAAUCAGAGCACUAGAUGUGGUCCAUGUCGAGAAUGAUGCCUCCGUCAAGUAUUCAAGUGAAACGAUUCUGUUUGUAGAGAAAUAUGAAAUUGUUUAGGGCCCAAACACACACACACACACACCUACAAUAACGGCAGUAGUAGUAUACUUAGUAUCAAUACAUACCUUUAUAUUUUUGAAGCGGUUUUUUUUCGCAAUAUGUACGAUUAUAUAAAUGUUAAAGCUAUAUAUAUAUAUAUAUAAAUAUUAUACAUAUAUUUUAACGACUCUUGUGAAGUUGAAGUCCACGGUCAACCGUAAAUUCCAAAUGUCGUGCUCCACAACCAUCAUCAUAGAAUAUAACACAUAAAAAUAUAUAAUUCAACUUCUAUCUUGAUUUGAAAUAAACAAAGCGGAAAAAGCAUUAUAAGCAUAUUGUUAAUUAUGGUAAAAGUUGUUUGUUUACCGCCAAAGCAAGCAAAUAAAUUGCUACAUAAUUAA